AUGGGGUUCAACCUAUUUGAGCGCCAAUUUCUUGGCCUUCACGGUCUAUUACCACCGGCGUUUAUGACAAUAGAACAGCAAGAAUAUCGCGUUUUGUCAAGACUACGUCAACAACCUAAUGAUCUUGCCAAGUAUAUCCAGCUGGCCAACCUUCAAGACAUCAAUGAAAAACUGUUCUAUCGUGUGAUCUGCAGCAAUGUCAAGGAAUGCAUGCGUCUUGUGUACACCCCCACUGUUGGACUCGCAUGCCAGAAAUACGGCUUCAUUAUCAACAAUGCAAAAGGCCUGUACAUAACCAUAAAUGAUAACAGUGUCAGCAAAAUCUACCAAAUUCUAUCGAAUUGGCCACAAAAAGACAUAAAGGUGCUUUAA